AUGGGGGGCUUUGCAAGCGUACAGGUACCAGGUGGAGGAAAUGAAGGCUACCAAAUCCUCAAAAUGCAGCACAAUUCUCCAGGUUAUUGUGCAGGACUGGAGCCCUUCUUUGAUUUCAUCAUAGCAAUUUGUGAUACAAGACUAAGCAAAGAUGAUGACACCCUGAAAGAUGCACUGGAGAGGAAUGUGGACAAACCUACCAAACUUAUAUUGUACAGCUGCAGGACGCUAGGUGUGAGGGAGACAAUGGUCACACCCAGCACCAUGUGGGGUGGAAGAGGACUGCUGGGGGUCAGCAUCUGCUUCUCCAACUUUCAAGGAGCCAGGGAAAAUGUUUGGCAUGUUCUGGAAGUGGAGCCAAAUUCUCCUGCAGCCCAGGCUGGCCUCCAAUCCUACACUGACUACAUCAUAGGAGCGGAAACUUUGCUGGACAAGAACGACUGUCUUUUUAAACUCAUCAACGACCAUGAAGGGAGACUACUGAAGCUCUUUGUCUACAACACUGACACAUGCGACUGCCGAGAGGUGCACGUCUGGCCGAAUCAUAACUGGGGGGGAGCGGGCAGUUUAGGCUGCGAGAUCGGAUAUGGUUACAUGCACAGGGUACCUUCAACGCCUUUUGCUAAGAACAGGAAACAAGAAAAUGAUAACAAUUUUGAUGAGCAGGUUGGUCUUACUGCUGUGGUUACGACCGUUCCAGCGAGUGUAUCGUCCGGAUCUGAAAAGACGGAUACGGCUUUUGACCCUACCAGUGUUCAAGCAGAUCACCUCCCUCCAAAGCAGUCCAUCACAGUCUCCGCCUCUUCGUCGGAACAUUCUCUCCUGACCUCCAGUGCAAACAGUGCUAUUACACAGGAUGAAGCAUCUCCCUCUACCGUUGUCCAAAUGAUCAGUUUGGACAGCCCAACAAAUAUCACGUGGUCUGUAGACACAUGGCGCUCUCAAACUGUGUGA